AUGUGUUUAGAAGAUAUGAAGGAAGACUUUUAUUUACUCUGCAAAGAUCAAUAUGGUUGUCGAUUCCUGCAAAAGAAGCUGGAAGAACAAGACUUUGAACAAAGAGAGAUCAUAUUCACCCAGGUGUUUCCUCAUUUUGUUGAACUGAUGACCGACCCCUUUGGAAAUUACUUGUGUCAAAAAAUGUUAGAGCACUGUACAGAUAUUCAAAGAACCAUGCUUGUUGAACAAGUAUCAAAAUCAAUUCAAGAUAUCUCAUUGAAUAUGCACGGUACACGAGCAGUGCAAAGAAUGAUUGAACUCAUCAGUUUGGAUGAACAGAUCCAAGAAACGGUUAGAGCAUUAUCGCCUAUUGUGGUUAUGCUGAUCAAGGAUAUCAAUGGAAAUCAUGUUAUUCAGAAAUGCUUGCAUCGAUUUACGAGCAAGGAUAAGCAAUUUAUUUAUGACGCUGUUAGUCAAAAUUGCGUUGAAGUAGCUACUCAUAGACAUGGUUGCUGUGUAUUGCAAAGAUGCAUUGACUUCUCUGCUAUUCAUCAGACUAAACAAUUAGUCAAUGAAAUUAUAGCUCAUGCUCUAACAUUAGUGCAAGAUCCUUAUGGUAACUAUGUCGUCCAAUAUGUACUAGAGUUGGGUGAUGCCAGCUUUUCCGAUCAGUUGAUUCGUCAGUUUAUUGGGCAUCUUAGCAGGUUAUCUGUACAGAAAUAUAGUUCCAAUGUGAUGGAAAAGUGUAUCCGUGUUGCUGAGGACAACACUCGUCAUGACUUAAUUCAAGAAAUGAUGAACCAAGACCAACUUGAAAGAUUGUUAAAGGACUCAUAUGCAAACUACGUAGUUCAAACCGCGCUUGACUAUGCUGAUGAUAAACAGCAUCAACAAUUAGCCGAAUGUGUUCGUCCUUUACUGUCUUGUAUUCGAAAUACAUCUUAUUGCAAACGUAUUCAAGGAAAACUAAAUAGACAGCAACAGUCCAAGCAGUAUAACAACGCUGGUCUCUUGGGCUAUUCUCUUGGUUUUCAUCCCUUGAUGACUUCGUUUUCUAAUUUUCCUCCAAACCCAUAA